AAUACUUAAAAAUAGUGAUGUGCAUGAAAGGUCAUCCACCUUGAACUGUCAGAGAGCAAAGGUCUCACUGUCGCAGCUUCCAUGAGGAAAGCUUUGGGUUUUGGAAUAUUUUGAGUUUUGGGUUUGAAGGAAAGGGAUGUUCGACCUGUGCCCUGUUUUUGCAGUUCGGCAUUUUCCAAAGGUUUGUUCAGAGAGAACAUGGAGAGAAAUACUUGGAUGCUUUGACGCUGUUUUUUCCCCUUUCCAGGCCAAAGCACCAAAUUCAGUUGUGUUGGUGGUGGGAACUCACCUUGACUUGAUUGAAACCAAAUUCCGUGUGGAAAGGAUUGCCACCUUGAGAGCCUAUGUCCUGGCUGUGUGUCGAUCCCCUUCUGGUUCGAGAGCAACCGGCUUCCCAGAUAUCACCAUGAAACACUUACACGAAAUCUCAUGUAAGACGCUCGAAGGCCUAGAAGGUCUGCGGCACCUGAUCUAUCACAUCACCGUCAAUAUGAAGGACAUUGGGAGUUCAAUUGGCUCACAAAAGCUUGUUGGGAGAUUGGUGCGUACCAUUGCAUAUUGGAGAAAGCUUUUCGCCUUGUAGGGUAAAUUCUGCAAUU